CGCUUCACUCCCUUGCUGUACUGUACGUCCAACGAUAAGGUACCAAUUUGACCACUUCACCGUGUCCUGCUGUCGACUCCUAUCAUUGGCGCUGACGAACACACAGACCAGCAAUCAAGAAGUCUGCUCAUCUGCCAAAUCGAAGAUGGAGGCUCCGCCGCUGCUCAGGAAAACCCACUUCCCCUGUUCAGCCAGAUUGACGCGUUAAUCUCGCGACCCUAGCACCACCAAUAGGCGAAUUUAUGCCCCAGCAUUUUCCAUGCGAUCUAAGACGCAACGCGACUCCCUGACACAGAAAGAGCAAGAAGAGGAGUCGGUGGCUCUCGGUGGCUCUCGCCAAUUUACUGGAGCCGGCCCAAUGUCCAUUCGCGAGCCCACCAUUGUCUAGGCUGAGUUAACCGGGCCCCCGGGCAAGGGUGGGAUAAAAAUGUUUGAAGAUAUCCUGGCAGCAGAGAAUACAAGUCUGGAGGUAUCAGCGUGGGCGAUGUCCUGGUUGAGCGACUGUGACACUCACUGGCAACAGCCAUUGUUUGAGUGCACAUACUUGGCUACAAAACAACAUAACGGACAUUCCUGUACAUGUAAAGGCAAUCUCGAGUCCCAGCUGUCAAAUUCGACGCCUCCCGUCAAUUCUCCGCCCAUCAGACCAAUUUAACUCGCCCUGCAGCGUGCAUAUGCACCUCGGCCCCAUCCAGAACCAGGCAUCUUCAUGCAGUGCCAUGACGCUGGCGAAAUACUUUCUGACAACUGAAAGGCGGAACUUUGAGCUUUGAGCUUUGUUGAUUCAUUCUGCACAGCCUCACCCUCAGUCGCUCCUUUCCCUGGAAUCUGUACUCGACGGUCGCAGUUUGCGCAUUCCUCAGACGGUAACCGGCGCACUCGAGAUCAGAAACGGUUCCUGUGCCAGUCGCCUAUACGAUGAAAUAACUAUGUCCUCGCCCCCUUCGUCGGUGAAGCAGAGAUCGCCGAAGCGGAGCUCAUCCCAAAGAACACCUCUGCGAGAAAGAACACCGUCUCAAGCGAACGAGAUAUCCGCACGGCUAUCUCGACAAGUUCAAUCCGACCAAGAGAACGUGGUUGUAUAUAACACAACUCCAUUCCCAACCAAGCCUGCCCAUGUCCUCCUCCCGAGCUCGCUCAAGAAACAGAGAGGCGGUCCCGGUCCAGCGAGCCAGGCUUUGCCCUUCCCGUUCGAUGCAGAAGCAAGAAGAGUUGGCGAUGGUCAGACAAGUCCGCGGGGCGCUGUGCAGCCUACGGUGAAAUUGAAGCGAUCGGUCAAGGCGUUGCGAGAUCUCUAUGAAUCCCAGGCCGAAGAAACUUCGCGCCCGUCCACGGCGACCUCGCCUCCUCUUGGGCCCACCACCAGCAACUCGUCUCGACUGAGAAGUUUCAGCUCCAAUGACAGUUUGUCCGGCGCAUAUGCCUGGCAAUCUCUCCGCAAGAUCUCGUCGGAUGAUCUAGCCCUACUGCCUACUCUGCCAGCAAAAGGGCGCCUGGCAACGAGGAUAUCGCCUAGGAAUUCGAUUGUAUCACAGGCUGCAAAGGUCGGAACCACGUCAAGUCCGAACUUCAGAGUACUAGGUGUCUCUUCAAGCUCGGGAGAUGCAGCAUCUAGAGGCUUGUCGGAUCCUGCAACGGGGUCGGCCGACGGGCCCAGUAGUGACUCCUUCGAGAACAGCUGCUCGAGUCCGAAUGUUGUACGAUUGGGCCAUACUUCAAGUACCGACCAGUUGCCAAUUUCCGACCAGUCGUCCAGUCCGAACGUCAUCAAAUUGGGAACGUCCUCUCCAACCGCUGGGCAGCCUCAACCGUCAUCUUACUUUUCGCCUUCACGGUCUUCAUCCAGUUCUUCCAGGAAGCGGAAAAGAUGGGGCGACCAAGGAAGCCACUCCUUUGCGCCGAGGAGCGGUGCAAGGCACCCGUUGCCAUCUAGUCCCCCUGGUGACAUGUAUGUCUCGACCUCUGCUAUAGCCAGCAGCAUUUCAUCUCGAGACCGAGCAAUCGCAUCGUCGGAUUCGCGGAGUCUUGGUCAUGCCGAAUCCCUCGACGAGUCGAGUUCUGUCGUUCAGAUAUUGGGGAGAGAUGAGCCUAGCUCUGAUGGCCUGUCCGAGACUCACGCAAGCCUUCAGUCAGUCCUAAGCUCUAGUCCCCCUCGUAUCCAGUACCCGAUUGUGCAUGCUCCUCCCCCAAGUCAGCGGGUUGGACUCGUGGUUCCGAAGCGGAAUUCGAGAUCCAUGUCGACAGAAUUGUCAGGUCCCAAGUAUUCAAACAGGUUAUCCGCUGUUCCGUCCGAAGGUUCUUGGAUUAGGUCCCGGCCUGUCAGUAAUGCUUCUUCCGUCCCAGACGACCUGGACGAAUAUCUCACGUCAGAUGAACUGGCUCCGGCAUCAACAUAUAUCCUCAACAACCAAUCCGCUUGCCAAUCGCAGAUCCGAGUUGUUCGCGAUUCGGACUCUGAUCUGUAUGCUGCUGAUUCUCAUGAGGCUACGGAUGAAGUCACAGCUCUACCCACUGAGGAUUACGGGUAUAAAUCGCCUCCUCUACGACAUGCUCGCAGUGGUAGCUACAUCAGCUCGGCCACCUCGUCUCAUUCUCGACUCAACUCAAUGAAGUCAUUUACGCUGUCACGACAAAAUAGUUUCAUUUCUUCAUCUCUUCGACCGUCAUCUUCCGGCAGUACAUCAAGCAAUGCUGCUGUCCCCGUUCCCUCGUGGGCCCGACGGUAUUAUUCCGGAAUCUACAGGGAUUCGUUUCAGUAUCUCUAUGCCAGCGCCACGAAUUUGAAUAAGCAGUACAUGGCCGCUGCGGGUGGGCCUCAGACACAACGAACAGCUAAUAGCGCCAACCGAACAGAUAUCGUCCAAAACAAGAGGCGUCGCUUGGAAGAAAUGCGUCGAUCAAAAGCACGACCUAAAAUUGAGGCCCGUCAAUCGCAUGUCCUUCCAGGUGUAGGUCCGCUGGUGUCAAAUCCAGUACGCGGGCCAGCGACGGCUGCAAUGACGGGCGCGAGGACUUGGGAUUCGCGGCGACAGUCGUAUCCACCUCCACACAGUCCAAACUCGCACGGCCGCUCCGUCUCGGCUCCUCUGCCAAUGCUUGACCCUCGAGCGCAUUGGACUGGUAUGAUUGAAAUUCACCAACAACCACUUGAGGAUGGUCAUGGCUCAACCUAUACAAUUCACCACCACCAUUACGCUCGUCCUACAAGUCUCGAUGACGACUAUAGUUACGGUAUCAGCCGGUCUGGAUCUCAGGACCCAUCUGUGAUCCAUCAUGUGGGUGGCUUUGGCAGUUAUCGAAACUCUCGGCAGCUCUGGGAUUCAUCUCCGCACCUCCACCACGACCACAGACUGAACACGGGCUCCACCGAGUCCCGAGGCUUUGGGUUUCCAUUCAACCAGAAAUCGCGCUGGAUGGCACCCAGCGUCAUCUCCGAGCCUGGCCGGGGCAAGUUCUGGUUAAGAGGGGAUCUGCGGACCGCUCAAAUUGCUUGUUUCACUAUAGGCUUUGUGUGUCCAUUGACCUGGUUCGUGGGCGCCCUGUUGCCCCUGCCUAAGCGUCCCGCUACUAUGCAAGAUAUCGAAAAAGCAGUCUAUGCUUCAUUCUCUGCCCAACGGCAGCAGCAGCAAAGUCCGGAGGCGUUAGGAUCACAACCAGAACUGCGGUCUCAUCGAUACUCAGGAUCAGGAUCACAGCAGCAGCACGACCAAUCUCUCGCGGACUGGGAAGAAUGGGACGUGAUCGAUAGACUGCGUUUCGAGCGUCAGCUCGGCGGUGUGGCAGAGCUGAGGUGGCAGAAUGCCCGGUGGUGGCGCCGCUUGAACCGCUGGAUGUGCACUGUGGGUGUUGUCGUCUGUAUCGUCGUCGUUGUCCUCGUCGCGGUGUUUGCGUCCCGACAUUGACUGAAAUUUGAUUUUGCAUUGCGUUUGCGUUGAGCCACCCUUGGAUUACGAUUUACGAAUUUGCGAUUUCACGCUUUUCAUUAUACAUAAUCUUUUUGGUCCUCAGUGAGUUGAGGAGAUGCCCCCUAUUUCUUGUCUCUGUCGUCCUGUCACGCUUUGGUUGGUGCCCAGGUUCAUGACGAAGAGUGCUUGUUGAGUUGCGACUUAUACUCAUUGAUGUUACUUGUAUACCCCCCUUCAGAGACGGUCUUGCCAGGAUCAGAGAGUACAGUGUCGGCUUGUACUACUGAGCCAGUCAGCGCAUAGUAGAAUGGUAUAGUAUAUACUUGCUUUAAAUAUUUAUCUAAUUUUUUUCACUCGG